AUGCUGCUUCUGGUUCGGUUAUCAGGCAAUCGGCUGGCAGACGAUGCGCCUUGUGCCGAAAUCUUCGAUGCUGCAAUGCACGAAGCACUCGGAUCUCCGCAGACUUGCGCGUGGUCGCAGGAUCACCGAGAGCUGGACGUACCUCUCAGUGCGACUGCCACGCUCCUGUUGGGUGAGAACGUGACAACUGGUGUAAACACUGUGGUGCCAGCAGGAAACAUCGCGUUUCUGCCAACUCCGCCACUAAGCAGCCCGGUUUUCACGAGGCAGACCUUUUUCAACACCACUUCUGGGCUGGUCUCCUCGCACGAGAGCACGAGGUCCUGCACCGCGCUGACGUUUACGAGUGUGAACUUGACUGGUGAUGCCGGACGCCCGUAUGUCGUGGAAUGGAGUUUUGGACCCGAAACUCCUCUUCCCAUGCGAACUUCGCUGGAAGGAGUGCUCGCACGUGCCAGUGACCAAGAUUCCCUGGUCCUGAGCAUAACGGCUGCGGAGUUCAAUGCUGGUGUGGAUGCUGUGUUUCAGGAGCUCGGUGAGGUGCCGCGAGUUCGGCUGGAGAUUGUGGCCGCUGUCAGAAAUUGGCUCGGUGUGGAGACAGCCACCUAUUCCAAUGCCUUCGUGCGAGUGGACCAGGCUCCUCAGGUCGUUCUGGCAAGCUCAGCCAAUGCCACCAUCCUGAACAGUGACGAGGUCGAGUUCAGCUUGCAGACGGUCUUGCUGGAGGAUGCCACGUGCUCUGAUGCCGAUCGCUACAAUCGGAUCAUCACGGUUGACUGGGAGUACAAGAACGAAACAACAGACACGUGGAUCAGGCUUUCUGAUGCUGGUUCCUUAGUGGACACAGUGGCCUCGCCGUUUGUCAUCAACUUCGCUCCUUUCAGCUUCGAAGCGAACUCCUCUCACUCUUUCAGGGCCACGGCCUACUUCGCAGGUGCAUUCUCGUCUUUGGCAGAAAACACACGAGUUGAAACCUUCAGCCUCGAUGUGCUGCCUCGCCUGACUCCCAUCGCCGUUGUGCAGGGUCCAGCCGAGACGUCGGCCAGCUGUGCCUUCUUCGUAACGGCCGAGGCAUCGCAAGACCCGUCAUUGGCUCCCUGGCGGACCGCAAGCUUCCGGUACAAGUGGACCUGCGAGUCGCAAGGGGAAUACUCAGCGGCAUGUAGCACAUUGACUGGAAACACCGAGACACUGACAGUGCCGGGGCGCACUUUGGAGGAAGGCACGUACACCUUCAGCGUUCUCGUGUGGAGACCCGACCAAACCGAAGCAGAUGCGGGGCAAGCUUCUGUAACGGUCACCCUCAAUUUCUUCGGCCUUCCGCCUGUUCUGAUUGCAACCCCGUGGCUGAACGGCAGUGCCGUUUCAACCCAAGUCGGUUGGGGUCGUUCUGGGCCGACCGCAGUGGUCUCAGGAAGCGACCUUUGUACGGUUCCGCCCCUGACGUCUUGGAUAUGGGUGCUGAUGGAGUCCUCGUCUGGUCGGAUCUUAUCUGUAAUCGAACCAGAAGGCACUGGCAAUCAGACGUAUUCUGAGUUGAUCAUCCCGGUAUUUGAUGGCUCACAAAUGGUCCGCGGCAGCUAUUACGAGUACGUGAUGCUGUUCGGAUCAAGCGUGGUCUUUCAAGACCUGCGUGGAGGAGCCUUUUCCACCGCGGCAACCGCCGUUUCAGCAGGCGGCAUGCAGGCGGUGCGCUCCAAUCGCUUCCUGGCGGAUGGGCCGCCUCAGCCUCGUGCGGAAGAUGCGGUGAACGUUACGCCUGCGGAGGGCUAUGCGGUGGUGACGACGUUCGAGUUCAAAACAGAGGGCUGGCAGGAUGAACAGCCGUCCUCGCUGGAAUACGAGUUUGUUGACUUUGCCUUGGAUGACCUGCUACGCCUAGCCAGUCCGUGGGACACCAAUGUCGCUGUAGCGGCAAUUGAGUGGCAGGACGCAUCGAGUCCCAAUCAUUGGGCAAAGCUGAAUGGCGUGACGCUGCGUGGAUGGUCUACAUCGCCUACAGCAUCAAGCCCUAUGACCCUGGGAUCCCAUGUGACGGUCGUGCGUUCACGUGAUCAUUUGGGGGCAAGCAGCGCGACUGGACUAAUGGGGCCUUUGGUUUCGCAGCCCGUGGGUGGAGUUGACCCGAAUGUUGCGGUGGCUGCGCUGGCGAGUGCCAAAGCACAAAGCAACGCCGACAGUAUCCUGAACGCGGUUGCAGCCGUGAGCUCGGUGAGCAUCGAUGGCGACGAGGAGACUCAGAAAGCAGUCGUCAAUGCAGAGCUUGAUGCUUUGCAGCUGGCUGCUGAAAUAACUUCUGCCGAGAGCUCAGGCCUGAAGAAGGUUGGUGAUGUGAUGGCAAGCACGAUGUCCAAGGGAAGUUCAGCUGCCGACCCGGCCAUCGUUGAAAAGGCGGCGGAGGUACUUGACACUGUGCUGGAAACAGCACUGACUCCUGGGGCGAUGAGCAAGGAUGCCGGAGAUUCCCUGCUCGGGAGCGUCGCAGCGAUGGUGUCCGGAAGCUCCUCGUCCUCCAGUGGCGUCAGCGAGGAGCAGAAGGCCACAACCACUUCGAAGCUCAUCGGCCUGACCUCCAAGCUGGGGCAGUCCGUGAUGAACUCGAUCGAGGUCAAUGCCACACAGGUGCUGACAUCCGUGGGUGCCGAUGGCAAAGGCUCCCAGGUGGUGGUCAAGAAGCAAUCGGCCGAAGAUGUCCAGAGGAACGGCGUCAAUGCUCAUGGUGUUUCUGUGCCCUCAUCAGCUUUAGCUGGAGCUCGGCGAUUGCAAGCCGAUCCUGCUUGUGAGACCAUCGGGUUACAGUCCACGGAUUGGAUCGGCACGAACCCCUACGCUUGGGCGAACGAGAGUCUCGGUGCAAACCGAGAGGUUUCGGAGAACGCCACAGUAACCAUUGUGGAGUUGACAAAGUGUGGUGACUCUAUCAGCUUCCGGGGCUCAGCCGUCUCUGUCAGCGUGGUGGUGCCAAGCACCGAUGAUCCACUGGCGCAGCUAAUUUGUCUGUAUUUCGACCCCAGUUCCAAUUCCUGGACGGCAAAUAACGUGGCGCUGACAUCCGUGGAUGAUGAUGGGGUAAGAGCGAGCUGCUCUUCGACCCAAGGUGGAGGUGCAUACACUGUUUUCCACAGGAACUCAAUUGCCAAUGAGUCAGAGCAAGCUGGCAUCACCUUUCUGGCCGUAGCCAUAGCUUUGCCGCUGAUCGUGAUGGGCUCGGCGGUUGCAGGAGGGGGUCUCUACAUGAUGCGAAAGCGCAUCCACGAAACGAAGUCGAAGAGCAAGGUCUUCCCGGUGGAUGAGGAAGCCGCGAAGCUUUCCAAGAGCCCAAGUUUGCGGGAGGUGGUCACGCACACCCCGCCAGGAGAGCCCGAUGCAGAUCUUCCAGGGUUCGUCAACGAUCCGUCGCCGGUGGCCGUGGAGCGGGUCGAGCGAAUUCAGCCUGGUGAAAGAGAUUGCCCUGUUGCGCUAAGUCGCGAGCGAGACGACGAUGAGCUGAGCAAUUUGAGCAAUGCUGCCAUCAGCGAGCUGCGGCGCAGGAGUCAUGGUGAAAUUCCACCGACUCCGGGGAUCCAAGAUCGGCCAGCGACCGCGGACGGCCUCUCGGCGCGAGAUCUCGCUGAAGGCUUUCGCCUGUGUGACCCGCUUCGCGGCUGUGUUGCAGGUAACGGACCAGAGAGUCCCAGUCCGGACGCGCUCUACAACUGGCUGGCGCAGAACGAUUCGUCCUCGGCCCACGUUAUACCAGUGAACGUUCCGGCAAGAAGCGGGAGUCGAUCUCGCGAGCCGUCUGCCGAGCACGCAGCUCAAACGUUCUGUCCAGAGCCCACGGAUUGGACCAGCGGUUCUGCUGCAGGGCAGAACCUGGACGUUCCCGCCCAGGCGAGAAGGUCAAGGUCACGGGAGCCUGCCACCGUGCGUGUGGUGAGAAGAGCAGAUGCCCCUUCGACUGCCGCCUCUGCAGCAUCCUCGACCUCGCCACCUCGGAGAGUUGUGGUAGGCAAUCGCUACGAGCCGCGGGCUAGCCCAGACAAGCAACCUCGGAUCACUGUCACGGCCCGGCGUCCAGUUGCAACGGAGAAGGCGAGCUCUCGCAGCCAAACACCAGAGCAACCAAACCGGAGCCAGGUUGUCUACGCCCAGGCGAGGCGGAGAUCUUCCAGCGCAGCACCAUCUGGCUCAGAGGCCAUGUCUGUAGCUCCCGAUCGGCGGGACAGCGCGGCCCGCAGUCAGGCCGAAACAGGCUCCACCGUGAGCACUGCUCUGCGGGUUACAGCAAGACGGGUCUCGUCGUCGCGGCCAUCGAGCACUGUCCCUCAUCGAGUAGUUGCAACCUCCGUUCCCCGGGAACCCAGCUGUGUUGACAAACUGAGACGAGCAGAGGAGGCGAGUGGCUUGCAGUCGCCGACACACUCGCUGGAGUCCGGCUUCCCUACACUGCUGCUGAAGGGUGCCCCGUCCAUGCAAACUCUGCAAAGUCAAAGUGUGCAGAGCGUACCAACUGAGCAGAGUGCAGAGCCGACUCCGCUGAACCGAACCCUUGAUUGA